CGGUUUCGUUCCCGACCCGGCUGGAGGACGUUGGAGUCACAGCGCGUGAGGAGCGGCUUCGAGGAUCCACUUCACUCUGAUAUAAACCCGCACCGGAAGAGCACCGCAGCUAUGUUUUCACGAAUCGCCAGACCAUGCGCCAGCCUCACCCGCUGUUUAUCCACAACUUCUCAGAAUAAUGCGAAGGUGGCGGUGUUGGGAGCGUCCGGCGGAAUCGGACAGCCGCUGUCCCUGCUGCUGAAGAACAGUCCCCUGGUGAGCGAGCUCUGUCUGUACGAUAUCGCUCACACGCCCGGAGUCGCUGCAGACCUCAGCCACAUUGAGACCAGAGCCAAGGUCACAGGUUAUAUUGGAGCUGAUCAGCUGAGUGCGUCUCUGAAAGGAUGCGAAGUGGUGGUUAUUCCUGCCGGAGUUCCCCGUAAACCCGGGAUGACACGUGAUGAUCUGUUUAACACGAACGCCACCAUCGUGGCCACUCUGGUUGAUGCGUGUGCCCGUAGCUGCCCCGAGGCUAUGAUCUGCAUCAUCGCUAAUCCUGUGAACUCCACCAUCCCCAUCACUGCAGAGGUGCUGAAGAAGCACGGUGUUUUCAACCCAAACAGAGUGUUCGGAGUCACCACGCUGGACAUCGUCAGAGCAAACACCUUCGUCGCUGAGCUCAAAGGUCUCGAUCCGGCUCGUGUCAACGUGCCCGUUAUCGGAGGUCAUGCUGGAAAAACCAUCAUCCCUCUGAUUUCACAGUGCACUCCAAAGGUGGAGUUUCCUGCUGAUCAGCUUUCAGCUCUGACGGAGAGAAUUCAGGAAGCAGGAACUGAAGUAGUGAAGGCCAAAGCUGGAGCAGGUUCUGCCACUCUGUCGAUGGCUUACGCUGGAGCUCGCUUCACUUUCUCUGUUCUUGAUGCCAUGAACGGGAAGGAAGGGGUGGUGGAGUGUGCGUUUGUGAGAUCAGAGGAGACGGAGUGUAAAUAUUUCUCCACACCUUUGCUGCUUGGGAAAAAUGGUAUUGAGAAGAACCUGGGUCUGGGGAAACUCUCUGCGUUUGAGGAGAAGCUGGUGUCUGAAGCUCUGGCUGAACUCAAGGGUUCCAUCAAGAAAGGAGAAGAUUUCGUGGCCAACAUGAAGCUGUGAGCCUCCGACAUGAAACUGUGUCCCAAACGCCCAUUAUUUAUGAAUAUCCACUCUAAAUUUCAGACAUGGCCUCUGAUUUUCAUCCUGACUGAAGAUCUGAGAAUUGAAUCAAAACUCUCCAUUACAGUCUGCUUCACCAACUUCACGCGUUUGGUUUUUACGUGUGCGCGCAUGCGUGUGGACUCUGAUCAUGUUGUGUUGUGUAUAAACAUGUCCAUAUUGACCGUCUGAAUGAAAUAAAAUGUUCACAGAAAUGGAAACCGGCUCUGUACAAUGUAGUAAGACUUUAUAAAAUGUACACACACCGUCACUGCUUUAGUGCAAGUGCAGUAACAAAUGUCAUGGUGAAUAAUAAAGAAGACAUUUUAUUCUGAA